AUGUCUGAAGGGAAAAGAAAGGUGAAGGUGGAAAUCAAGUACGCCCGAGAUCUGUAUGACACUGAGAUGUUCGGCAAGAUGGAUCCAUAUGUCAAGGUUAGACUCGGUCGGGGGAAGAAGUAUAAGACUGAUGUUAAAAAGGAUGUUGGAAGGAACCCGACAUUCUACGAGUCGACAGAGUUCAAGUACAAUGAUGAACCAGAAAUAUCAUUCGAAGUGUGGGAUAAGGAUACUUUCAGCUCGGACGAUUUCGUUGGAUCAGCACGGGUGAGCAUGGCGUCCAUUGCUAAGCAUGGACAUUGGGAAGGUGACCUCGUGUUGUAUCGAGAUGGAGCGCAUAAGGCCGGUACACUCAACGUUGCGAUUAAGAUGAAGACUAAGGAUAGUAGCACGAUAGCAGCUACUGCGAGUCCUGCACCAACAGUAGUCGCACAUGCUACAGCGGUACCAGUAUCAUCUAGCCAACAGCAACCUGUGAUGGCAACGGUUGUGCCAAGCUCAUACGGUGUUUCCCAGCCUGUAGUAGCGACAGCAGUACCAGCAACGGCCUAUGCACAAGGUGGGAUGGCGCCGUCAGCUGUAGUCAAUGCUACAGUCAUUAGUACAGCCCCAGCGGGAAGUAGUGCCAUGCGAGGGCCGAUGAUCCAAGGUAGGGUCAUAGGCACGGGCAGUGCCUCAGGCCAGGCUCAGCAGUCUACAGGGUAUGGCAAUAGCAACUAUCAGGCCCCUCCUCCUCCCCCUUCUGGCUCUGGUGGUCAGCCUCUUGUGCAAGUUCAAGCAGGAGCACCUCAGCAACAGCAACAGUACAAUUAUGGGCAACAGUUCCCCGCUGGAGCGCCGUCGGCUCCCCCUGCUGGCCCUGGAUACAGCAGUGCUAAUUUUGUAACCAACAACUAUCAAUCUCCACCAGGACCUGAUGGUCAACCUGCGGUCUAUGUUCAACCUGGACAGCAGUUGAGUGGAGGAUUUUUCAUGUCGUACCAAUACAACGCCGUGAGGGUCGAGGUGCGUCACGCCCGUAAUCUUCAUGAUACGGAAGUCUUUGGGAAGAUGGACCCGUACUGUGUAGUAAUGCUCGGCCCAGGGAAGAAAUUUAAGACCAGGGUUCAGAAGGACGUAGGAUCGAACCCUACUUGGAACGAGACGGCCAUACUGCAGUACAGUAUGGAGCCGGAGAUGACCUUUAAAGUGAUGGAUAAGGAAAGCAUUAAGGAUGAUGAUUUUGUAGGCUCGGCUACGGUGAGUAUGGCGGCCGUCGCUUCCAGUGGUCGAUGGUCUGGGGAUCUCGCAUUGUACCGCAGUAAGAGUAAACCAGCAGGAUCACUUACAGUAUCGAUUACUAUGCUGCCUGAAGUAUCGCCACCGAUGAUGGGUGGUGCUCCUCCAGUAGUGACAGCGACGGUUAUGGGUACCGCUCCUCCGCCUCCACCCAUGAUGAUGCAACAGCAGCCGGUUCCGGGUACUAUGAUCGCUCCUGGAGCCCCACCAGCACCGUAUGGAGGAGGAUAUGGGGCGCCCGCCCCUCCACCUUAUCAACAACCCGCGCCCUAUGGGUAUCAGGCCCAACAGGGCUAUACUGCGGGCGGAGCAGUUCCUAUGGCAGCAGGACCAUAUGGUGGUCAGCAGUACCAGCAGCAGAUGUACGGGAAUCAGCCAGUCGGUGCUCCUAUGUAUCACGACCACGACAAGAAGAAGAAAAAGAAGGAUAAAAAGCAUAAGAAGGAUAAGAAGCAUAAGAGGAGCGGUUAUAACCCACUGCAUGACCGCAGAGUUCGUACCGUAACUCCGCCACCUCGUGCGCCGUUAACGCCGGAAUUACUCUUCCCUAAAGGUGAAGCAUCGCCACCGGACUGGCAGUGUCUCAGGAAGCAUCUGUUCGCGGAGGGUAGACUGUAUAUAGAGUCAAUCACGAGGAUCGUGAAUGAACUUAUACGGCUGUGUACGGCAGAGCCUAAUGUUGUCAAAGUGAAGGACCCGGUCACAGUAGUAGGAGAUAUACAUGGACAGUACUAUGACCUUAUCAAGUUACUGGAAGUGGGGGGAGAUCCAGCCACAACUCAAUAUCUCUUCCUCGGAGACUAUGUUGACAGAGGCAGCUACAGUGUAGAAGUACUACUACUUUUAUAUGCGUUGAAGAUCAACUACCCCAAGACUAUAACGUUACUACGAGGAAAUCACGAGUGUAGGCAAAUGACUGCUUUUUUUAAUUUCCGAGACGAAUGCGAGUACAAGUACAACCUAACUGUGUACGAGCUUUUUAUGGAGUCGUUCGACUGUCUGCCGCUGGCCGCUGUCGUUAACGGGAAGUUCCUGUGUAUUCACGGCGGUUUGUCUCCUGAGCUCAACACACUCGCUGACUUCAACAAAAUUAACCGAUUUCAAGAACCUCCGAGACAAGGCCUUUUCUGUGACAUACUCUGGAGUGACCCUGAGGAGGAGAAGGAGGGUGUUGCGGUGUUCAAGUCGAAGGAUAGGACCUUUGUCCCCAACGAUGUACGCGGCUGUAGCUUUCUCUAUACGUAUGAAGCUGCAACGAAUUUCUUGAAGAAGAAUUCGUUAUUGUCGGUUAUUCGAGCCCAUGAAGCUCAGCUGGAGGGAUAUAAAAUGCACAGAACUAACGAGGCCACCGGCUUUCCCUCGGUCAUCACCAUUUUCUCGGCACCUAAUUACUGUGAUGUGUAUAAUAACAAGGGCGCGGUUUUGAGAUUUGAGAACAACACGUUGAACAUUUUACAGUUCAAUUUUUCCAAGCAUCCGUACCACUUGCCCAACUUUAUGGACGUCUUUGCGUGGUCAAUGCCUUUUGUCGCAGAGAAAAUUACGGAGAUGUUAUUUUACGUAUUAAAUCCUCAGAAUGAGUCUGGCAGUUACACCCGUGCUCCCGAUGUUACCGAUGAAGAUCUCCCACAGCUUCCCGAAGCCGAUCUGAAACAGUUGAAAUUGGCCCGUCUGUCGAGUUUGUCUGACGAACAGAAUAAAUCGGUAUCACUUGCUGCCCGUUUGCAUCAGCAUAUGAUGGCCGAAGGGGCUAAGGUUAUCGAGCAAAGUAGUAGUAGUUGCGGUAAAGGUCGGGCAGCUGAGGCGGCGGGUGGUAAGGCGAUAUCGAAGGAGAAGGCCGAUCGUAUGAGGAAGAAGAUUCAAACUGUGAGUCGGAUGAUGCUUAUGUUCAAGACCUUACGCGAGGAGAACGAGACCAUCAUCAACCUCAAAGGCGUUUGCCCUGGGCACAGGUUGGCACCUGGUCUGCUACUGUCGGGCCGCGAUGCGCUGCAAAACGAGUUGGAGAAGUUCACGAAGGCUCGAGCCAUGGAUUUAGAAAAUGAAAGAAUGCCGACCGAGAAGGAGGUCGAUAGCCAGCCCCAUUUCCAUCGUGGAAUGUCAUCAUCAUAGUGGAAAGGGUCUUGCCCACUUGGGGGUUCCUCUCGAGGGGUCAUCGAAGCCCUCUCUUUAGCUCGUGUAGGAUUAUUAGCUGCAUCAUCAUCAUCAUCAUCAUCAUCAUCAUCAUCAUCAUCGUCGUCGUUGUCUAUGAAUUCUAGUAUGAUAUUGGAAGCGUUGGGCUCGUGUGGACUGUUCAUAUAAUUGGUUUUGUAGUUCUGUUA